AUGACGAGCUUAGAUCAGAGACUGCCUGCCUUAUCUUUAGUCGAAAUCCUAGCCUGCUUGCCAGUGGCCUCGCAACCGCGGAUGAAGUCCACCUCCCGAGUUUUUAAAGACAUCAUGGAGUCCGAGCGCUGUGUUCAGACCAGGCGUUCUCAUCCCAUUGAGGUGGUGGUUGUGAAACCAAAAACUGGGAAGGGCUUGGCUAAGGUGGCCAGCCGUUUGGUGGAUGCUUUUAUGAAAUCGGAUUCUGAAUCGACAUUGCCGUUGGUCGAGUCCAUUCGAGUUGAAUGGGAGAAGGCUGAGUUCUACAAAUUCCUCCAGCUGCGCGUGGGUGGAGAGCAGGCCCCGCCGCGCCCGUUCGAGCAAGAUCUUUACAUCAAUGGUUUGGAUCCCAAAGGGGCAGGGCGUUUGCGCAAAGCUUGGUGGGCAUCGGUGCGCAGUGUUCUGGAUGGUUUGCCGAUCCCACUAUCCGCACGGGUCUUGUUGUUGGGAGAGCGGCGUCUAGGAGGAAGAAGCUCAUAUUCUUGGGCCAUGGCGCUGGUCUGGACCGGACAAGACUAUGGUGUCCUCAAAUGCCACCUGGAUGCCGCCUAUUUGGAUUGCACCAUGAUCUGUAGUGGUGGCAUCAAAGAGCAGUAUGUAAAGGCGGCAUUGGGGGUGUUGCUCCGAAAAUCUCAGAGGAUGAAGACUUUCAACGAGUUUGCCGAAGCAUUUGAGAGUGCCCUAAAUGACAUGAUGGAACACAAGAAGUGGGAGGAGGAUUGGAGCUACCCGCCCAUGGGCGAAGGUGAUGACGAUGAGGAUGAUCUUGACACCUUUUACGAAGAGGAAACCAUGGAGAGACCGUUGCUGCUCCAGCAACUGCAGUGGGAUGCCUUCAAAGAUGAGGCCCCGGAGGUGGUGCACCUGCAACGGCGGCGCUACGAGCCCGUGACGUCGGAUCUGCCACCGGCCACGUGGCGCAACGCGUCUGAUUGGGUCGACCUCGAACUUUUGCGAGCAGGGCUUCCAGCUCAGGCACGUGGGUCCGGUCGCACUCGUGGCACUCGCAUCCCAUCAGAUUGGGGCAACGACGAUCUUCAGCCCGAGCCAAGUGCCCAGCACUCAGGGCAGGGAGGGCUAUCUGUCCUAUGGCCCAACUCCGCCUUGGAUGAUCAUCGCUCCAGGGCUUUCGUGCUGCCAAGUCACUUGCAAGGUGCAGAGGAGGAGAGUCAGAAAAACCCUGCUGAAGACGAGAAGGUGGAGAAGGAAUUGCAGGAAAAGAGGAAGGAAUUGCAGGAAAAGAGGAACCAAUUGGAGGAGAACAAAAGGAGGCGGAUGCCUGCCGAGUUUCUGCCCUUCGUGGCGUUCGCCAAAGAGGGGCAGCGGCGCUACGCUCAUUGGUCCCAGGCUGCCAAAACAGAGGAGGCAGAGGCAGAUGACCAGCAGAAACAGGACUCGGCGAAGCCGUUGCCGCCCACACGUGAGGAGCCCACUGCGGCACUGAUGAAACGCUACUGUGAGGCGAGGGCGAGAGCAUUUCUUCAACCUUUCUGUCCGAAGGACGAGACGACGGGACGACGGCUGGAUCCGCGGCAGCUGUGGCGCUCCCAGCUGGGCCGCUUGUCGUCGCGCUUGUACCGCAAGGCACUGUGGGCAGGUCCCUUGCGGUCACAGCAGAUAUGGAUAGAUAAUAGAUUUUAA